ACAGCUGCGGCGCGGUCGCGAUUUACAGCGUUUGUGCCGCUAAUAAACAGUGUUUGCAAGUCUACCUGAACUCUUAAUCCACCGCCACUUUUAUGACAAUCAUUGAAAUCUAUCCUGAUUCUGUUUAAACGAAGAAGUAUUUCGCGUCGACUAACAAAUCGCGAAAAACGAGCGAUUAAAAAAAUGUACCGCUGCGCCGAAAGGUAAAUUCCGAUCUGCUGUUCCAUUGACAAUGAUAAAGCUUUAUCCGUGAGAGAAAACUGCAAUUAACGAUCAUGGAAAGCACGCAGUCAUUGUACAUCAACCUCUUCAGCGACGAGAAGAGCGAGGUGUUGAAAGAACUGCUGCAUGCGUGCGUUGACGAAAUCUGUGGCCGCCCUGGACCGUCGUAUCACAGGUUCGUCAACAGCAUGGACUGGAGCAGAGCGGAGUACGAAGGCAUUUGCAAACUGAUGACGACGCUGCUGCGGAAUCCUGCUUCCCUGUACAUGGUGGAGGAAAAGGUUGCCAGCUUAACAAUGUCAUUCCACAGCAAGUUCCAAGUUGUGAAACACAUGCCGCAGGAAUAUCACGAGUUGCCCGAGCAAGUGCAAAGGAACAUUCUUACUUGCUUGAAAGUACGCAGGGAGCAACUGACCAACGCUUUACUGAUGGAACACUACAAGAGGAAGCUGCCGACCGUAAUCGAUUUUGAUUGGAGAUUAAAGUUGGUGAUGGGAUCGAGCAGGAUGGCCUCUUUGCGAGAAUCUCUUCUACAGUUGGAUCUCAUGGUCGAAGACACCGAAUCUCGGCGGAUCAUAGACUUAGAGUUGAACAAAGACGAGCUCGAGACGAUGAUAAACGCGUUGGACGCAAUCGCGUAACGUAUACGUGUAACAUUUUGUGAUACUUUUGUAAAAAGCAGACAGAUUUGAAGAGAAAAGAUCCAGGUACAUAAAUACGUGUGCUGCGUAUUUAAUGUAUUAAAUGUGUAUGUAUGUGCGUAUGUGUGUACACAUACAUAUUAAAUUGUACGAUGAUGCAAGGUGCAGAUUUCGUGAAUAAAAUAAACACUCUGCGCUGUA